AUGACUGCAGCUAAAAUCGCUUUACGUAAACAAUUAGAACGACAAUUGUUAGAUAUACCAUCUCCAAAACCCUUGUUACAGGAUAUAUUGUUUAUACCAAAUCCGUCUAGUUUUGAUUUUCAAAUGUUUCAGGGUUUAGAAGAUGUUUUACAAUGUCUAAGUGAAAUAACUAUUGUUGAAAAAGAAAAUCUGAAACGUUUACCUCAACGAUUUACGGACCGUGCAGAAAUCUUAGAUCCAUUUGUAUGUUCUCAAUGUAAAACUGAUUGGACAACACGAUGGUGGAAAAAUGAUCGAGAAGACAAGAGCGACGAAGACAAAGACGAUGUUACAAGUAAGUGUAAUUACAAAUGUAGAGUUUAAUAUUGACGUAUAGAUCAGCAUAUAUGGAUCAGAAUCUGUUAGGAGA